GUCAUGGCGUCGGUUACGCGACACGGUCUCAUUUGAGUUCGUGCACUUGAACUACGCAAACGUUGAACUGUAUUCGAAAUCAUCGAAGCGUUUAUUAUUUUGGUGUGAACAAAUUUGGACCAGUGAAUCCUACAGAUUAUAAAAUCUGUUACUCAUUAAUUUCAAAUCGUAUACGUUGCACAGAAGCGUACGUGUCAGAACAGCGAUCGACAUAACCUUAAACCGAGAGGAUAGGUCGAUUGUUUGUUACCCCGGAUGCUUGUGAGACGUAAGGGCGUAUUUGCUGAUGACUAGACUGCCAAGCGGAGCUGCUGGCGAGUAUCUAACUCAAGAAUAAUCUAUUUCCUGCGCAUUGCUAUUGACAAAAAUGCCGGACACAAUGGAGGAGGAUAUGGGGCUUUCGGUGAGAUUGACCAAUGAUGAUUUUAGGCGUCUCUUAAUGACGCCGAGGGCUUCGGUGCCGUCGUCAACUCCGGCGUCGGUUCCUGGAACAAUGCGAGACACCGCAGCUAAGACGGCACAAACUCCCGUAAUAGCGGGAGGAAGUCGAGCAGAGUUGAGGCGAAAAAAGAAGAGUUUCUAUGCCAAGCUUAAGAAACAGGAGGAGGAUAAAAUGGCAGAACUAGCUGAGAAGUACAGAGACAGAGCGAGGGAGAGACGAGAUGGAACUAAUGCUGAUUAUCAGUCCGAAGAUCCGAUGAAUACAGCGAGUGCCUACCGAGCCGUAGCGCCAGAUGUUAAAUCUGGUAUGGAUGCAGCAGAAAGAAGGAGGCAGAUGAUACAACAGUCGAAGUUCUUGGGUGGAGAUAUGGAGCACACUCAUUUGGUGAAAGGGUUGGAUUACGCGUUGCUGCAGAAGGUAAGGAGUGAGAUAGAGGCCAAGGAACAAGAGCAGGAAAUUGAAAUGGAAAAGCUGGUGAAGCCAAAGAAAGAUAAAGAGAAGGACAAGAAAGAGGUGGAAAAAAAAGAAGAGGAAAUGCAAUUCAAGACCAAGAUAGGACGUAAUAUACACAAAACAUUGGCUAUUAUGCGAUCCAAACAUGUUGAACGCAACGAAUUGUAUUGCCCUGGUCGAAUGGCAUACGUCAUUGAGCUAGAUGAUGAAAAUGCGGAUGGUGAUAUACCAACGACGCUGAUCAGGAGCAAGGCCGACGUCCCGACGAUAGACACAACGCCAACUUUGACGACCAACGAUAUUGUCAUAAAUAAACUAGCCCAGAUUUUGUCCUACUUGCGUCAGGGCAGUCGACAUAAUAAGAAAGGUAAGAAGAACCGUGAAGGCAAAUCACGUGUAGAGGAACUCAACGAAAUUGAUACAGCACAGAGGCCUCAAGACGACAGCAUUUAUGGAGAUAUCGGCGACUACGUUCCUUCGUCAAGCAGAAAGGAGGCUGUUCAUUCAAAGGACAAGAAAAAGGGUUCAUAUUUUGACAAACCAGUUGAGACGUCGACAGACGAUGCAGCUAACGCUCCACAGCUACCGCCAGUAAUAGCACAGAGCAUUGAAAAUGCACCUAAGAAGGGUAUGCUGUUGAAUAAACUUGCUGCCGAACCUGAAGGCUAUGCCGAGUGUUAUCCAGGACUUGACGAGAUGCAGGAUGCUAUUGACGAUUCCGACGACGAAGUGGACUACACUAAAAUGGACCUGGGAAACAAGAAAGGGCCGAUUGGACGGUGGGAUUUUGACACUCCCGAGGAAUAUAGCGAGUACAUGAACAACAAGGAGGCUUUGCCCAAGGCUGCCUUCCAGUAUGGAGUGAAAAUGGCAGAUGGAAGAAGAACUAGGAAGUAUAAUAAGGAAAAGAAUGAGAAAGCAGAGUUGGACAGAGAAUGGCAGAAAAUACAGAACAUCAUGAAUAAGAGAAAACCAACAGGAGGAUCGGAAGCAGUGCCAGAGUUCAAAGUCCCAAGAUAUUAAAUAGAUGAGAUAUCGAUUCAGGAUACGCAAGUUUAACCGAGGGGGAAAGUUAUUGCCAACGCUAGGUCAGUCAACUCAAUUUUAACAUUCUUGCUACUCGUACUAUUCAUCAUGACGAAAAUCAUUGAAGGUAUUUUUAUCUGGCUUAUCAGAGAAUUGGAAGACCAAGAAAAAAUUUGCAGAAUAUGAUUUACAAUUUGGAAUUUAGGUUCAAUGUCAAUAAGACGAUAAAUUGUGACAAGAAUCGUUCAAAAAUAGAUUUCUCAGGAUUGAUUCUGUAGGGCUCAACUUUAUCCACGUUCUCGUCCACAGAUCAUUUUAUACUUUUCCGAUUUUUACUGAAUUCUUAUAUCGUCAUCUAAGAUAACUUUGCUGGAUGUGGCAAAACACGAAAUGGCCAGGCUUGCCUAUUCUCCGUUAUCUGAUGUUUGACCUCAGCAAUGAGUUCAGUGACAAUUAAUGUUAGAUAGUGUUCGUAAAAAAUAGUGAAUUAUCUUACCAAGAUGGAAUAAAAUAUUAUACUUGCGCAGAGUGUGAUUUAUUGACGCAGAGUUGAACAGUUGGAAGUGAUAUAUUUAACACUUAAAUAUGAACUGCAUAUAGUUAUAAGGAAAUUUUAUCUGGUUCAUAGUAUUCCUCGACUCGAAGGGGGUAACAGAAUGCGAGGCGAGGUGUUUGAAAGGAAACUUUGCUAUUGAGCUAGCCAUAGACUUUUAUCGAAAUAGACAUUUAAACCACUAAAUUCAUUGCAUGAUUAACAAAUACAGGUCGUAAUUACUAGUUACAUAGUAAGCUUAUGUAAUAUCUUAAAAUAAAAUAUGGAAUAUACGGCUCCAACGGUAAUUGCUCUUUGUCUCGCGAGUUGCGAAUUUUCCAUUGAAUCUUCUAUCGCAUAGAAUCGAUCUUAUUGUAGCAAAGUAAUUUCAGUAACUGAGUCAUUCAGUGACAUCAUUAACUAGCAGACAGACGAUGAUAGAAUUUUUUUUAUACGUGAAGCAUACAGAGACAUAAGGUAAAAAAAGUGAAAUAGUACAAACUAUCUUUAAUUUUGAUUAGAUCAUAAGUCACGAACUUAUCAUACACGCUAUGCACAUUACAAAUAUACAUAUAUACUUAAUAUUAUUGGAUAUUUCUGCGAGGUAAUUAUUUACAUACAUAAUACCCGUCGCAACU